AUGUCUAGGGGCGAUGAUUUCCCCCGCUACACUUACAUGAUGGACUUCAACCCCAUGGACGAAGACACUCCGCUCAGGGACUACUGGCAGACAACCGAUGACCUGGACAACGAGGAUGCCGCCACGAUUGCGAGCUUGGCCACUCAGGUGCUGCAGGCCAAGUCCGGCUAUGACUACGGAGAGGGCAUCGAAGUGAAUGAGCCGGCCAUGGUGGCAAAUUACAUGUACAGUGAGAGCCGAUCGUCGCCCCAGUCUCAGUACUCAACCACCCAUCCGAUGGAGCCAGCAGAGUCGUUUCGGGGCCUGAUGGAGGAUCAUGACCGCGGCGCUCAGAUGUUGGAGGAAAGCGCCGCAUCGGAGUACGACUUUGAGCCAGAAGCCCAGGGACAGGCAUCAAGUGGUAUGGCUGGGAUCGAAGAACCGACUGCGCUAUCAAGAGAGCACUACGUGCCUGAAGACUUCAGCUCUAUGCUGAACGUGCCUGUGGAAGUGGAGGCUACUCACCAAAGCUCAUACACUCAUGAGAUUGAGAUGAGUGCGGCAAUGACGGCUAGCCGCGUGGUGAACGGAGUGCUAAGUCGCUCAUAUGCGGGGACGCCGACUGAAGAGGCCGUGAAUCUGCAAGCGCUACAAUCACAGGCACCUCAGCUGACGCCGCCCCAAUCUGAGUCCCGUUCUGUCAGCGUGGAAAGGUCUGAUCAUGCAGAACAAGAGAAAGAGCCAUCGAUGGAGGCUGAUGCGCAGCGUUUUGACGACGAACCUAAAAACGCCCGCACAGCAGAAGAAGGCGAAGGAGGAGAAAGGGAAGGAAUGGAAGAAGACGAAAUGGAAGAAAUAGAAGAAGAUGAAAGGGAACAAGGAGAAAAAGACGAAAGGGAACAAGGACAAAUGGAAGGAGACGAAAGAGGAGAAAUGGAAGAAGGCGAAAGGGAAGGGAUGGAAAGAGACGAAACAGACGAGGAGGAACCUACACCGGAUACCGGAGCGCAACAGCAGCUCAUAAUGGAGUCCAAUGAACGAUCGAUAAUAGACGAUGAUGAGAGGGAAUUGCCGCUUCUUCAGCAAACACCGAGAAAACGAGGGCGCCCGCGGAGGAGCGAUGCGGAGGAAGCGCCACCAGCUCCAGCAACAGAACGACCUAUACCCGAUCAGAUAGCUGUACACGAGAAGGACAGCCGUGGCGAAAAUGAAGCCGUGGAACCAGCUGCGACGGAUGACGCUGAUAUUGACAGAGCGGAGGAAGUGCCGACUGAGAGAAAACGUGGAAGGCCGCGCAAAAGUGAGAUUUCAGAGCCGGUGACACCGGCAGCACCAACCCCAGCAAAGCGAGGGCCUGGUCGACCACCAAAAGUGACAGAUCUCCAGUUAAUUCAGGAAUCGACGCCUGCUGCUGGGAAACGAGGGCGGCCACGGAAAAAUAGUAUGGCAGACGCAGCGCAAAUGUCCGCAGUCACCCUCGAAUUGUCUGCAGUCGAAGCACCAGCCGCAAUACCAGCUCCAGGCAAACGAGGGCGACCCCGGAAGAGUAGCAUUGCAGAUGCAACACAAAGGCCCGCAGUCGCCCCCGAAUUGUCUACAGUCGGAACACCGGUUCCAAGCAAACGAGGGCGACCACGGAAAAGCGAUGCGAUGGACGCCGCGCAGACCCCUGCCAGCUCAGCUCGGCUGCCUGUAGUUGGAGUAGCAGAAACAGGAAUGUCGUCGGGCAAAAGAGGGCGGCCCCGAAAGAGUGAUGUAUUGGAUGCAGCACCAUCCUCGAGCAAUGCAGUUCAGGAAACAGCAACAACUCCAGCACGAAGCUCGAGCAAAAGAGGACGGCCUCGGAAAAGUGAUGUGACAGACGCAGCACAGGCCUCCACCGAAGUUGACUUACUCGCAGUUGAGGUAGCAGAAACUGAAGUUUCGUCGGGCAAGAGAGGGCGGCCCCGAAAGAGUGAUGUGUUGGAUGCAGCGCCAUCCUCGAGCAAUGCAGCUCAGGAAACAGCAACAACUCCAGCACGAAGCUUGAGCAAAAGAGGACGGCCUCGGAAAAGUGAUACUAUCGACGCAACCCAAGUCUCUAAUGAAGAGUCUCAACUAUCCUCAGUUGAGGCACCGGUAACUGCAACACCGGCUUCGGGUAAAAGAGGGAGACCUGGGAAGAGCGACAUGAUGGGCGCUACACCUAUGCAAGCAUCCAUCUACGAAGCUCAGUUACCUGUGGUUGAAGCAUCAGUCGCCACAACUCCGGCUUCAGGCGAAAGACGACCACCACUGAACGCAAUCCCGAAUACCUCAAUCCCGACGACUACGCCCGGCAAGCGCGGAAGACCUCCAAAGAACGCCGGGCCAUUAAUGCCUAUAGAAAAUGGAAUUUUGCCAAUAGCAGAGGCACCCCAGACAACGGACUCGCCUACCGUGAAAUCUAUUGGUCGGCGAGGUCGACCUCCUCGACAAGCUGAUACAUUAGAAGAACGAGCUGUCUCUCCAACUCCGCAAUCUACCAAGAAACGGGGCAGGGGUAGACCUCCCAAGAGCGAAACAUUGUUACCUGCAGAUUUGCCCAAUACAACUGUAGAGCCAGGUCUUGGUACGGAUUCUCAGGAAGAAGCCGAGCCACACAAGCCAUCAAAACCUACAGUUGACGUCUGGGAAGACUAUGCCGUGGGCGAAACAGUCUCAACACCGGCACAGGAGGAUAUAGAGGUAGCACCUGCAAAGAAACGGGGAAGGCCGAAGGCAGCAGCUGUGGACAAAGCUCCCUCUGUGAUGGAUAUUCUUGUCACAGCCUCAGCAAAGAAACGUGGCAGGCCACCAAAGGCCAUUGCUACUGUUGACUUAGCUGAGGAGCAUGGGCGAAAUGUUCAGUCGGAAGCUCAGGAAGAGGAAGAAGAGCCAGCUGCUAAAAGAAAACGCACGGAUAACAGCACGACGAUGGAAGAUGUUGUUGGCGAAGACGAAACACGUGGAGACACUCGGGAAGAUGAAUUGCCUAGCGUGGAGGAACUGGGAGACGCAGUGGCAGCGAAUGACACUGCGCGCAAGCGAUUAUCCGUGACCUGGGCGAUGCCGCUUAGUUCUACAUUAACGGAACCAAAGACGGUUACUGAACCAUCUCCCCAGCUUCAUAGACACCCACGGCUUUCAGGAGAGGCGCUAGAUGAGAGCACAAGGGCGAAGCAAGUGGAGCAGCCUCCCCCUGCACCAAAAACUCUUUUUGAUAUGAUAUCCGAUGGAAGAAGGACGGUACGGCAAAAAACAUACGGUAAACGCUCUAAGAGAUGACCAGGAUACUCGAUAUGUUUGGAUGCUUGAAAUGGGUUUGGGCAUAGCAUGCAUGAUAUGGAUGAACUCCAUCCUUCAAAAGGCUAGCUGCCCGGGUUAACAUGUAUUAUUUGCUCUCACUAUGGCGCAAACGGUUUUCUUUUAAGAGAGUGGAUAUCGUGUGUUCUACUUGAUGUCAAUGGUGACGACAUUAUAUAUAGACGGGGGAAAACAAAGAAAAGAAGGGCUUUCGAGACUAGAUUCAUUCUGUG